UAUUUGGGAAGAUGGUAUGAGUUCUCCAAGUAUCCUUCCAUUUACGAGGCCGGCGGUAGGUGUAUACAGGCGGAAUAUGGUGCUUUAACUAACGAUAGCGUUACAGUGCAGAACACCCAAAUAUCAAUUCUCAAUUUAAAAUCUUCUAUUGACGGCGUUGCCCGAAUUGUUGGACCAGGCAAACUUUCUGUGCGUUUCAAUGGUAUUGCUUCUCUUGCUGGAAACGCUGACUACUGGGUGUUAGGUACCGAUUAUAAGAAUUAUGCUGUCGUCUACAGCUGCAGCAAUUCAUUAUUCACACAUUCGGGUAAGAAAAGAUGAUUAAACAACAAUUUUUUA